AUGGAAGAGGACGUGCGGGUGAAUAUGACUAGCGAGUGUAGCAGCUUGCCAUCAUGGAACCUGACUUCGCGGGAGGAUGCGAGAAUAUACCUCCUUGACGAUAGCACCAGCACGACAAUGCUGACCGUUCUUUUCACCAUCCUAGCCGUCGGCAUCCCGGGCAAUCUUGCCUUUCUCUUCGUAGUGGCUCGUGUGCCGUACAUGCGGACCACCACCAAUGUCUACCUGUCUAGCCUGGCCGUGGCCGACCUCAUGUUCCUGAUCAGCAGCAUAGUGCAGUACAGCUUCUAUCUUACGAAGCCCGUCCGCAGUCACCUACCCACUGCCUCCACCAUGGGCUGUGUAGGCGCCUUCUUCCCCCAGUACGUCACCUAUUUCGCCUCCAUCUCCAUGGUGAGCCUGGUCACUCACGAGCAAUACAACGCCAUCUGUAAGCCGUUCCUCAACCACGGACAGCAGGGCGGCACGAGGAUGAAGCAGAGCUUCAAGUUGGCAGUCGGUAGCUGGCUGGUGGCCUUUGGCCUGGCUGGUGUAGUUACGGUGCGAUACGCGAAUCUCUUUAGAUUCUGCGCGAUCUGGCCGGAUGAGGAACCUUACCACGACCUACCGGUCCAGUUGGGAUACUGUGUGGCCGUCAGUCGCUGGGGACUGAUUGUCGGUCAUGUCUUAGAAUCCAUCGUCCUCAUCAUCGCGAUGAUUACUAAUGCAAUCAUGUACAGCCUGAUCAUCAUCAAUCUCAAUACCAGAGUAAAACGCAAGCGUGAGCAGAACCCAGUCACGCGCUCGUCAUCAGUCCGCACCCAGCAAGCUCGUCAUAUCCGUAACCAAGUAGCCCGAAUGCUGAUUAUCAAAUGUGCCGUGUUCUUUCUCUGCCAGGCGCCCUUCAUCGCCUUAUGCCUAGGCUUCCUCGUGGAGAAUCUAGCCGGGGUCCCGCAUGACGUCACGCACCGGAAGUUGGUGCUCGCCCUCACCGUCAGUCACGUGUUUGUGCUUUUGAAUUCGGCGGUCAAUCCGAUCAUCUACAACGUGACGAGCAGCCAUUACAGACGAGCCUUUGUGAAAGUCUUCUUCCGUUCAAGACACAGAGCUGAACGACUGAACAACAUUGAUGUUGAAGAACCCAAGAAUUACGUAGCUGUAACAGCACAGUGA